AUGGAACCAAAUUUUCAGCCCACCAACCCCGCCACCGGCGAGGCCCUUCCGUUGGUGCACUUUCAGGACGUUUCGGAGGUCCCCAAAGCGAUGGAGCGGGCCCGUGCGGCGCAGCGAGAAUGGAGCAAACUCUCCUACUCCCAGCGGGGCAAACACCUACUUAAAAUACGCGAUUUCUUAUCCGAACACGCCGAUCACGCCUCGACGUUAAUCUCGCAAUACACGGGCAAGCUGAAACAAGACGCCCUCGCCACGGAGGUGCUGCCGAGUCUUCUGGGGUGCGCGUGGUAUGCGACGAACACCGCGAGGGUGUUGCGGCCGGAGACCCUCCCUCGCGGAAGCCUUCUUUUCGCGAACAAACGCAACACCCUCGUGUACGAACCGCUCGGGGUGGUGGGGAUUAUCUCACCGUGGAAUUACCCGUUUUCGAUCCCGUUUGGGGAAAUUUUGAUGGCCUUGAUGGCGGGCAACGCGGUGUUGUUGAAGGUUUCGAGCCAUGUAACGGCGAUUGGGGAGUUCAUUACCACUUGCAUCGCCGCCGGGGGGUUGCCGGAGGGGCUUUUUCAGCAUCUCGUGCUACCAGGCCCGAAGGCCGGCCCCGCACUUCUCCACGCCGGCAUCGCGAAAAUCUUCUUUACCGGGAGCGUACGGGUCGGAAAGGGGUUAAUGGCGGAUGCCGCGCCCUAUCUCACCCCGCUUUCCCUCGAACUUGGCGGGAACGACGCGAUGGUCGUCCUCGACGACGCCGACCUCGAGCGGGCGGUGAACUGCGCGUGUUGGGCGGGGUUUCAAAACGCCGGGCAGAGCUGCGGCGGGGUCGAGCGCGUGUACGUGGAUCGCGCCCUUUACGACGCGUUUCUCGCGCGGCUGGUGGAAAAAACGCGGGCGCUUCGCCACGGCGCGGAGCGGGGUGCCUUUGACGUCGACCUCGGCGCGAUCACCACCGCCGCGCAGCUCGAGGCGAUUCAGGCGCAGCUCAACGAGGCGGUCGCGAUGGGGGCGCGCGUGGUGGCGCAGAGCCGCGCCGCCGACGCGGAUCCCGCGGGAAAUCGAAACCCCGACGGCGGGGAAUCCACCCAGGGGCGUUUUUUCCCCGCCACCGUCGUGGUGGGGUGCACGCCCGAGAUGCGGUUGAUGCGGGAGGAGACCUUCGGGCCGAUCCUCGCCGUGGUGCCGUUCGACUCCGAGGAUGAGGCGGUCGAACUCGCGAACGGCACCACCCUCGCGUUGACGAGCAGCGUUUUUUCACGAAACGCGAGCCGCGCGCGGGCCUUCGCGCGGCGUUUGGAAAGUGGGGUCGUGACCGUCAACGAUCAUCUCUUUUCGCACGGGAUGACGGAGGCGCCGUGGGGGGGGUGGAAGGAAAGCGGCCUCGGCCGCACCCACGGCAUCCUCGGCUUGAGGGAAAUGUGCAACGUGAAGUGCAUUAACGAGGAUCUCAUCCCGUCGCGGUGGAUGCCGCGGAAUCUGUGGUGGUAUCCGUUCAGCAAGCAGACCUAUGAGGUGCUGCUCGCCGCGCAGAGGCUGGUUUCCGCACGAAGGAUCUCCGAAAGGAUCGCCGCGGUGUUUUUUAUUAUCAAGAAUUGUGGGUACAUGUUCAGGCCGUGGAGGAUAUCGGAAAAGAAGUCGGACUAG